AUGUCUGCUACUACUACAUACAACGGUAACGAUACUUUCCACGGUUGGGCUGCUUCUGCCAAGGGGGCACCUCUUGUUCUUCAAGAAAUGACAUUAAAGCAAUGGACUGAAGACGAUGUGGAGAUCAAGAUCAGCCACUGUGGUAUGUGUGGUAGUGAUGAUCACUAUCUUUGUGAAUCUUGGGGACCUUCCACCUAUCCUUGUGUCGUCGGUCAUGAAAUUGUAGGUACUGUCACUCGUGUCGGUAAAAACGUCAAGUAUGUGAAGGUAGGCGACCGUGCUGGCGUGGGAGCUCAAUCAGGUGCUUGUCAAAGGUGUGAAAACUGUCUCACUGGCAACCCCAAUACCUGCUCCGAUCUCAAGGGAUUUAUCUUGACGUACGGUAGCCGAUGGCCUUGUGGCACGCCGUCCUACGGUGGCUACGCUGACAAAUGGCGCGGUGAUCAACACUUUGUUUUCAAAGUGCCCGAUAACAUGACAAACGAAAUAGCAGCUACAUUUUUCUGCGCGGGUAUUACAACCUAUGCUCCUUUGAAACGUACUGAUGUGAAGGCUCACUCUGUUGUGGGUGUGAUGGGCAUAGGUGGUCUUGGUCACUAUGGUGUUCUUUGGGCCAAGGCGAUGGGCGCUAAGGUCAUCGGCAUGUCCCACAGCGAUAAGAAGCGCGAUGUUGCUUUAGAAUUGGGCUGUGAUGAUUACAUUGUGACCAGUGAUAAAGAAGAUAGGAAGAGAUAUUUCAAAAAGAUGACACACAUCCUCUGUACGGGAACCAGCCCUGACUUCCAAUGGGAACCUUACUUUGAUCUUUUGAAAGUAAACGGCCACUUUAUCAAUGUCAGCUUACCGAAGUGGGACUUUCCUCCCUUCCACACGUAUGACAUUCUGAAAAACCAGGUAUUCAUUCACGGUUCCGCUAUUGGUUCACCCAAUGAAAUCAGAGAGAUGCUCAAGUUUGCUGCCGAAAAGAAUGUCCGUCCUUGGAUCCAGAAAUACUCUAUGAAGGAUGUCAAUAAGGCCAUGGAAAAUUUCCGUGCUGGCAAGCCAAGAUUCAGAUUUGUAUUGGAAAAUUAG